UAUCACCAACCAAGUAUAGCCACAAUGCCACCAAAGGGAUGGAGAAAGAAUGCAGAGGGUCAGUAUCCACAACCUAACAAGGAUACUGAGUUGAUAUCCAUCGAUGAGAUUCUUUUCCCUAAAUCAACUAUACAGAAAUUGGCUAAAACCAUGAUUGCUGAUGAUAACAUGUUAUUGGCCAAGGACUCCUCGUUGGCUCUACAAAGAAGUGCUACUGUUUUCGUAUCGCAUUUGUUAUUUCAUGCUAGAGCUAUAUCAAAACAAAAUGGAAGAAAGACUGUGUCUUCCCAGGAUAUGUUGGCUGCUGUUGAACGAGCCGAGUUCAGUGGGUUUAUACCUGAAAUUAAGACCAGACUCGCCAAUUAUGAGGAAAUGUUGAGCGUCAAGAAACAACAACGAGCAGACAAAUCUGCCCUGAAGGACACAGACGAACCAAGCGCCAAGAAGAUUAAAGUCGAUGAAGGUGUUACUGCUCCUACUGAAGCUGAGUCCGACGAUGACGUUGACGAGGAAAUAAUAGAAGACGAAGAGCUACCAGAUGAAAAGGUAGAAGACGAUGUUGACGAAGUUGAAGAAGACGAAGAAGACGACGACGCUACUGGUAAUCCAAUUGAGUUGUUAUCAAAAGAAGAAGCAGAACUUCAAGGAGAAUCACACGAGUCAACCGAUGAAGUUGAAGAAGAAGAAGAAGAAGAAGAAGAGCAUAGUGAUGUAGAAUAGAACUAGUUUCCAUGAAUCGAUGUAGUAUAUUAAGUUAGACAUGAGUAUAUAUUAUACUUUUACGUUAAGGAUUGUGUCUACACAGUCCAAAGAAAGGAAACCCACAUUGACUUCCAAUAACCAAGUAAACCAAGAGGAUUAUCCCCCCAAUCAACAUCAAGAUAAAUUUGGCUUUGUUUAUCCACAUCUUUCGUUUAAUUUGUUGUGCUUUUCUUUGAAACAUCAGCGAGCUUGUAUUUAACCUAUCUGUUUGAUCUACAAGAAGGUUAAUCUUGUCACCACGACUCAACAAUUUGUUGAUAUUAUCAAGCAUCAACUGCCUAACUUCAUCAACUUCUUCGUUAACAAGGAGUAACUGGUUUGGGUUUAUUGUCUCCUCGGUGCUUCCGUAAUUAUACAAGUUUUGAUUGGAUUCAUAAUUCAUUUCCUCAUACUUUAUAAUCUGAUUCAUAUAAAGUUUGAACUCGCCAAGUUUCAACUUAUCAUUCUUACCUGACAGUUCCUCUUCUAUUCUUUUUCUAAACUCAAUAUACUUAUCCAUGAUAGUUUUCAAGAUAUUCAACACUAAUGUUUUGUUCAUGCUAUAGUGACAUAUGACCACCACCGUAAUUAAAUCUCGGCUACCAUCAGAAUUAGCAAUGACUUUCUUUAUGAAAUACAACACGAGCUUGUAAUUUGAACUAGCUGACAAUGGAACUGACCCAAUAAGGGUCUUCAGUGAGUUAAUCAACCCUAAUUCUUGGCUGAUUAGUUCAGAACAGUUGAGGUUGUUUAACAAGGGAAUUAGUUGAUGAUUCUCGUAUGUAUAUAAUGUAGUUGAAUUAACAGUUAAUGUAACAUGAAUGACAUGUUUAUAUAGAUCUGAAUGACUCAUUGCCACUAGUCU